AAAAAAAAAAAAAAAAGGAAUAAUGAAAUUAAGAAAAGGUAAAAUUAAAAAUAAAAAUCCCAGUCACAGAGCAUAUAAUGGAAGAUCCUCUCUCGGAUUCCUUGGGAUGCCUUAUUCCCCUUUAUAAAAAUGGCCUACAGAUACUACCUCAUGGAUUCUCAGAAUCCCCAUUGCCAAAUUCUCUGAUCAUACUUCCACACGACAAUUCUAGCAUCGCACUCAAUUUUUUCCCAUCUUCUUUUUUUUUUUGUUUUCUUUUUUUUUUUUUCAAAUUUUGGCGCCAAAUUCAGCGAUGAAGCUUGAGAACUCGGAAGCUGGAAUUUGCUCGGCGGCGAACGACAGGUCUUCAUCUCCGGCACCGAAGGCUAUGGCGAAUGGAGAUGAUAUCGGCGAGGAGCUGUUUGUUCCGCCUCUGAACUUCGCCAUGGUCGAUAACAACAUAUUUAGGUCUGGUUUUCCUGGUCCUGCCAAUUUUAGCUUCUUGCAAUCCUUAGGAAUUCGUUCCAUUGUAUAUCUAUGCCCCGAACCCUAUCCGGAGGUCAACAAUAAGUUUCUAGAAGCAAAUGGGAUUAAGCUUUUCCAAUUCGCCAUCGAAGGCUGUCAGGAACCGUUUGUUAACAUACCGGAGGAAACAAUUCGCGAAGCAUUGAAAGUAGUUCUUGAUAUGGGGAACCACCCACUCCUUAUUCAUUGUAAACGUGGGAAGCACCGCACGGGCUGUCUAGUGGGAUGCUUACGAAGAUUGCAAAGAUGGUGCUUGUCAUCUAUUUUUGACGAAUACCAGAGGUUUGCUGCUGCCAAAGCAAGAGUAUCAGAUCAGAGGUUCAUAGAAUUGUUUGAUAUUUCCAGCCUCAUGCACAUUCCAAUGCCAUUUUCAUGUUCAAAGAAAUAACACUUUUAGAUAUACACGAGAAGUUGCUUUAUUCCCAAAGGCACAGAAUUUUACCUUCUUGUAAUUUUGAUGCGUUAUUGGUUAACCAUGCAAUUUCCUCUCUUUAUGGUACGUCAAAUAUAAGUUUAUUCGAUUCAUUUCAUUAACAUAGUUAUAACCCAAACGCAAUUCAUUUCAUUAAUAUAAUUAUAACCCAAAUACAUGGAUUAACAGUCAUAUAAUCAAAUAUUUUAUACAAAUUUUUCCUUCAAGAUCCGUUUGGUUUGAGCACCCCUACUUGUACUCACGAGAAUACACUCACGAGAAUACGAGUUCAAAUCGUGGUAGGAAAAGAUUUUGAAUAGAUUGUAAUUUAGAUCAAUUGUUCAAAAAAAAAAAAAAUCCGUUUGGUUUGAAAUAUAAACUUAAAUUCAAAAUCUUCAUUAACCCCAAAAAAAAUUCAAAAAAAAAAAAAUUUCCAACACAGAAAGGACUAAAAAAAACUAAAAAC